GCUGUCAGUGUCAAUUUUAUUUCGGAAAUGUCGAAAACAUCAGUAUCUCAAAACUUUUUCGAAUAAUAAAAACAAAUUAAUUAAUAUUACCUUAAAUUCGUGUAGUUUUAUGGAAACAUUGAGUUGAGAUUAAUCAUCAUUUACGCACUUCGAAAAUAAACUGAAGAAUACGAUUAUAAGAAUACGUAGAAAGACACGACAAAUUGUGACUUAAACAAAUUACUAUAAAAACUUAUGCUAAUUUGUAUAAAAUGGCUUUAAAUUAUGUUCGCCACAUGGUUAAACUUGUAUCUACUAACUCUCAAAGAGUUCAAUCGAAUAUACGAUACAUAAGUUCGACGAAUCCAGCACGGCUUGGCAUGAUACCAAUCGUUGUGGAACAAACUGGAAGAGGCGAGAGAGCAUACGACAUUUACUCAAGACUUUUACGUGAACGGAUUAUUUGUUUAAUGGGUCCUGUAAAUGACGAGAUUAGUUCAUUAAUUGUUGCUCAACUUCUUUUCCUUCAGUCUGAAUCUAGUAAAAAGCCAGUACAUCUCUACAUAAACUCUCCGGGUGGGAAUGUAACAGCUGGUUUAGGAAUAUAUGAUACAAUGCAAUAUAUUACUCCUCCUGUAGCUACAUGGUGUGUAGGUCAGGCGUGUAGUAUGGCAUCAUUGCUAUUGGCAGCCGGAGCACCAGGAAUGCGUCAUGCAUUGCCUAACUCACGUAUUAUGAUACAUCAACCAUCAGGUGGAGUGAGAGGUCAAGCGACAGACAUCCAGAUCCAAGCUGAAGAAAUAUUAAAACUCAAAGCUCAGAUUAAUUCAUUGUACGUAAGACAUACGGGUUUAGAAUUAGAAAAAGUGCAGUCUUCGAUGGAACGUGAUCAUUUCAUGUCUCCCUCUGAAGCUAAAGCAUUUGGGUUGAUUGAUAAUGUUCUUGAACAUCCUCCAUCUCAUGCAAUGGAGAAUGAAGCUGCGGCUGCGACUUCAGGGUCAAAUCCUGCCCCCGCUAACUGAUUUUCUUAAUUGACAAUAUAUAUGGACUUAUGAAAGAUUUCUCACUAUGUAAAAAUGAUGGCUGGGGAUUUAUAGAUUACAAAUUUUUUAUAAAAUUUUUAGAUGGUUAAAGCAUUGUUUUCAAUAUGCAAACUAUUUCUUCGGAGAGGUUAAUAUUAAUAAAGUAAUUGUUAAAA